CUUGUCCCUCUUUGUCCGGUGGCGAAGGAAGGCCACGAUAAUAAUGGCGAAAAAAAGCGUUUUUUCCCCCCCUCCCCCGAAUGAGUUCUAAUUAAAUGGUGGAUCGGUCAGUGAAGACGCCAGAGAGUUGCAAUUUAACGGACAGCAGAGCGAGAGCGACUGAAGAAAGGGUACAGUUUGUUUCCCCCCCCGCAGAAAAGAAAACGAUGGCUAGCUAUCGCCAGUGGCAUGCUAACGUUAGCUAGCUGGUAUAUAGUAAACAACAUUAAUUUAACUAACGGCGUAAUUUGGUUUCGCCUCUUCCAUUUGCUAAAGUGAUACUUUAUAGUUGUGAAAGCUCACUAUUUGCGGGUGUUGUGGCUGUUAGGUGUGCGCUAAACGCGGUCGCCACAUUUGAGUAACGUGGCUAGCUCGCUAGCCCAAAAUGGCAUCCAAACUGUGCACAAUGCAAGCCAUCAUGUACUCUUUAAAUCCACUGACAGCGGCGCAGAAUUACUUUACAGUCGUAGAAGCACCCAGCUCACGUUUCAAAUAAAACUGACCUUGAUUUGGUGACCAAAUCCCGGCGUGACAACAAGCAGAGUGUGCAGACCUGGGCCUCGAGUCAAAAUCCGCAUCACCACCAAACUCGCCAUUUUGACAUGACCCAAAGCUAGAUUGGACCCCCGCCACCCGCAGGACAUCGUCAUUAUUUUUUAUUUUUUCCUUUAACAUAUUCCCCCCCUUCCUCUCUCAGCAUAUGAAACGGUGACAUCACCGACAAUAGUGUUAGCGAAUGGCUGCAGAAUCGGGGAGACUGCUGGCGGGACAAGGAAAACGGAGCAAAGCUUCACAAAUGAAGAGCCCAGAGAAGAAGAAGGCGAGGAAGUCCACGUCACAGGCAGCGGGCUUCUCGCACCUCACAGAGUUUGCGCCCCCUCCUACACCCAUGGUGGACCACCUGGUGGCCUCCAACCCGUUUGACGAUGAUUUCGGACCACCAUCUCGACCCAGCGGAGCGGGCGGACCAGGUGGAUCCCCAUUCCUUCCCAGCCCAGGUGCAGGUGGAGGCGGCAGUUACGGAGGCGCGGGCCGAAUGGGGGGCGGCGGCGGUAUGGGUUUCAUGGGAGGACCAGGCAGCGGACAGCCGGGUCGUAGACCGCCGUUUGGACCGCCUUCCAACGCAGGACCUCACCACCAGCUAGGUUUUGGCGGUAUGCCUGGCUUCGGGGGUGGGGGAACUGGUGGGGGAGGAGGCGGAGGUGGUGGAUUCCCUCCUGGUGGACCAUCUCAGUUCAAUAUACCCCCAAACUUCAGCCCACCAAUGCACCUUGGGUCUGGCUUUAACCCCAUGUUGUCUCCAGGUGGCAUGGGGGGUCCCGGAGGUGGGGGUCCACCCCACCCUCGAUUCGGCAUGCCUCCACAACAGGCACAUGGACAAGGGGGACACCCAUUUAACAGUCCACCGUUACCUGGUGGAGGAGGCCCCAGAGGGCCCCCACAUGGUCCCAUGCCUCACAUGGGUGGCAUGGGGCCUGGCCAGGGCAUGAACAUGAUGAGUGGAAUGGGCGGUGGUCCUGUAGGAAACAUGCUGGGAGGACUACCAGGCAUGCCUUCUCAAGGACAAUUCCCCCAAUCCCAGGAUGGCUCCUAUCCUGGUCCCAGUCCACCAGGGCCAGGCAACGAGGAUGGAAAGAGUUUUGGGGGAGGCGGGGGACCUCCACCUGGGCCUCAGCAGCAACAGCAGCAGCUUAACCUAAAUCCCAACGGCCCAGCACCCUCUAAUAACACCACCCCUGGUCCUCCUAAUUCUGUACCCCCACAGCCUGGAGGAGACUUCCAAGGCCACCCUGACAUGCAGCAGCCCAACGCCAGCACACCUGGCCAGCCCCCAUUAGCGCAGCCACAGCCAAACUCCUCCCCCAGUGGCCCUCACAACGGGUCAGGCCAACCCCAGCAUCCGCCCCCAAAUCAGCUGCAACCCCCCAACAGUGCAAACACCCCCAACUCGAACAACUCAGUCCAGCAGCAGCAACAGUCCACCCCACCCAACUCUGCUCCGGGCUCCGCCUCCCACAACCAGCAGAACAACACCCCUGGCACAGGUGGUUCCAUGCCAAAUUCCGCCCCCAAUUCGGGUCAGAACAACAUGACCAACAACAAUGGAAGCAACACCCCUGGUAGCAACCAGAACCCCCCGUCCAACUCUACCCCAAACACCCAGUCCCCCUUGCCGCCCGGCCCAUCUGCCCCCUCGGUGGGGCCCGGCUCUGGCCCGGGGAAACUGGGCGGUCCCGGCAUGGUCUUCCCUUGCGGCCUUUGCAUGGCAGAGGUGCAUGACGACCAGGAUGCCAUCCUAUGCGAGGCGUCGUGCCAGCGUUGGUUCCACCGCGACUGCACGGGCCUGACGGAGCCCGCGUAUGGGCUGCUGACACGGGAGAGCGCCGCCGUGUGGGCGUGCGACUUCUGCAUCAAGACCAAGGACAUUCAGGCUGUGUUUGUGCGCCAAGGACUGGGCCAGCUGGUGGCGGCUAACGAGAGCUGAGGAGUUUUUGCUGGACUUGUUUCCUUCAACAAUCACUUGACAUUCAUGCUCAUGUACAAGAUAGCACUUUGAGUGAGGUAACUGCCCCCUUCCCCCGGUCUCCCAGUCCCCAAAACAACAAUAGGAUUCAGAUUGUGAUGAAUGUUAACUGACACACACGCACUGACACCAACACACUACCUCACACACUUUGUGACUGACCCAAGCACCAUUGACCGUUCAAAUUGAUGCCAGGUAAAAUGAUCUAUAAUGUAUUUAUUAACCAUUAGAAAAGGAGUGCCUGGACUGGUCUUUGCUUUAUACGCCUCAUAUUUUAAUCAUGUCCUAGUGCAUCAUCUUUGCAAUGUAUUGAUACCAUAUGAGGGUUUUAUCCUCUUAAGACAGGUCUGUCCAAACUCUCCACUUAGAAACAUUGUAAGACGCAACUUUUCCAUACACUUUUUCUUAAUUUCAUGCUAAAAACCAGUGAAGAAUUGCAAUACAUCUAAAAUGAAAGCAAAACAGCUUUCAUUUCAGCAUGUUGAUUCACACGACUAAGCAAAUAGGUUGUUUAAUUUGAUGUGUACAAUUUCGCAGGCAACAAACGACCCGCGUGUUGGACUUUGAACACCCUUUUCUAAGGUUAUUUACAAAUCAGAUUCACCUUAAACAUUCUGCAGCUAGUGCUGAGGAAUCCAAAGGAGACAAUAUUAUUGUAAAUAUCAGGGGGGGAAAUGUGUAGACAGAGCCGACAAGUGAACAAAAGUGUUACUUUUUAUACUGCACAUUCAUGUCAACUCUUAUUUCUUUAUCUUAUACUCCUUUUUUUUUUUUUUUGUGGAACGGUGUUGCAAAUAGUGGCCUGUCAUUGUCUGCUGUGUGUAGUCCAGUGAUGGGAUAGCAUGUGUGAACAAUGCAGUAACAGUCCAAGCAGACCAACAAAAAAUGAUCACAAUUCUGUCCAGUUUUAAAGUCUCCCUAAUUUUUGUCCCUGCUUUCCACCAUCAUUCAAUGUCCAAGUUGCCUUUUUGGUCUUAUUUCGUUUUUGUACCUGCUGAUUUUUGUUUUCUUUGCUGUGCUCUUGCACCUCCUGGUGGAAGCUGGACGAACCACAGGUACUGAAAUUCGAAGUAAAAGACAAGAUUCUUUUUGUA